AAGCAUGUGUGUGAUGAUCACACUUUUUACUCGUCUCAAGUCUAAAUACAGAAGUGAGCCUUUUUUUCUUUUUGUAAGGAGUCCAAAGCUUUUGAAAUAAUUGUCGCCUUACACUGAAAUGCACCACAACAAGCUCUGAAUCCCCAUCUCUGUCUGAAGAAGAAAUGGAUCAUAUGCAGCAAUCAUGAACUAGAAAGACAAAAGAUUUCUUCAGAUUUGUUUGUUUCUUGGACCACCAAUUUAGCUUUUCUCCUUCACUCUAUAUAUCUCCUCCGCCCCCCUCCCCUUCUCUGGCGUUCCCCUUCUUUCUGAUCGCAGACCUUCUUCUUUUUCUUCUUCUUCUUCUCCACUAUUUUGAAGAAUGGUGAAUAAUAUUAGCAGCGGCAUGGUUCCAGACAGGAGGCCGGCGUUCUUCAAGAUUAUCUAUCAAGGGCUCACCACUCAUCAGUUGCGCAUUCCACCACACUUCCUGAAACAUAUAUCUAAAGAAUUUUCCGAAACAGCUACUUUGAAGGGCCCUUCAGGCAACAUUUGGAAUGUCAAGUUAACACAAGUUGCAGGCUGCACAUACAUACAGGAUGGUUGGCAGCAGUUUUUCAAGGACAAUUGUUUAGGGGAUAAUGAGUUUCUUCUUUUUAGAUAUGAUGGAAAUAUGAGUUUUGAUGUACAAAUCUUUGACAAAAGUGGAUGUGAGAGAGUACUGGAUGCAUCCAUCACCAGAAAACAUCAAAUAUCAGCCCUACCUCAUGUUAAAAGCCGAAGGGGCAGGCCGAGAAAAAACCAUGUUGCUUCCCUCCACCAACGUCCACCAAAGCCUUUUGAAGAUGACUGUGGACAUCUUGCCUGCUGUGAAUCAGAAAAAGUGAAGGAAUUCAAAGAAGGGAAAGACAUGGCCCAACGAGAGAUUAAAAAAGAAGAAAGUGAGGUGCUUAUCGUGGAAAUGGACCCAGAAGUAAUGGAAGUUAAAGAAGAGAUGUGUGCCCGAAAGAAGAUAGAUUCUGAUGUUCCAACUAAUGGAAAGAGAGCUAAGCUUUGGAAAGCAGCCGAGUCUUUUACCUCUGCAUUGCCUUAUUUUCAAAGAACUCUGAAAAAGGCUUCUGUAGAGAGAGUCUAUAUUCUGAGCAUCCCUUUCUCCUUCAGAAUGCACCUGCCUCCAUUCAAGACAAAGAUAGUCCUGCAGAAUUCAGUAGGGAAGGCCUGGGUAGUAAAUUCAGUUCCUGGUGCGGGGAAGAAGCAUUUCUUUUGUGGAGGGUGGUCUGCCUUUGUGCGUGAUAACAACUUGAAGAAAGGCGAUAUUUGCAUAUUUGAGCUCGUGGAUAGAACUAAAAUGCAGGUUCAUAUUUUCCAGUAGAUUCAAGGAAGUUAUUCUAAUAUUAAGCUUGAUUGAGAAGAGUGAUGGUUGAAGAUGUUGUGACGGUCGUAUAUGUGUUAACAAUCAAUUAAGCUUUUCAUUUGAAUCAUUUCCUUGGUUUUAACGAUGUAUUUCUCAUUUACAUCGAUCAUGAAAGUUGUUUAUGUCAAAAUUUGCACUUUGGUUUCUCCUAA